AUGCCUCAUGAAGCUUACCCUUUAGGUGCUCCAGCCUUAGAUGAGCUCUGUAGAACUUCUCUCAAGUACAGAGAUCGAGCUUAUGCCCCUUACUCCAAAUUCAGGGUCGGAGCUGCUUUGUUAUCCGCCGAUGGACAAGUAUUCGGGGGAUGUAACGUUGAGAAUGCCUCAUACGGCGCAGGAAUAUGUGCCGAGAGAACAGCUAUAACAAAAGCGAUCAGUGAAGGUCAAAACAAGUUUUUAGCUGUUGUAGUCUCUUCUGACGUCCCGUCACCUACAACGUCCCCUUGUGGUAUCUGUCGACAAUUCCUGCGUGAAUUUUUAGAACCAAACGUUCCAGUUUACUUCAUAUCAUCCAAAUACCCUUUAGGUGGGAUUCCAGAUUGGUUAAAUGAUGUUCAAGGUCAAGAAGCUCAAGAAUUCAUAAAGAAAAUGACCAUGGAAGAAUUGUUGCCUAAUUCAUUCGGUCCAGAGAAUUUAAUCUAA